UGCCUUACAGUCAACGAGAAGCGGUGUGUGGUGUCACAGUGAUUAUCGUCCCCCGCGCCGCUGCUGUCACCAUGGCAAGCGUGGUUUGUGCCAAAAUCCUCCUUCAGGGAUCAUUAUCAAGGUUCAUCCUCCCCUCCAGAACAUCACCCGUUUUUCCCAGUCCGUCUCUGUCUCGGGGUCACCGUUUGGGCCCGAGUGAUGACGAGAUGUAUCAACGUACCACAGUUUCGGUUAUGAAGAAGGAGCCAGGAAGCGGCAUCAUGAUCCACAGCUACAGCGCCCAAGGGUUUAACAUCGAUGGCAACAAAGUGUUUGGGCCCUGCGCGGUCUUGCCGCCUUCUAUCCUGCAGUGGAAGGUCGGGACUUCUCAAGAUAUCACAGAAGAAAGUGUUUCACUGUUCCAUAUGAUCGUACCCCAAAUCGAGAUUCUGGUUCUGGGCACCGGCACACGGCUUGAACGCAUUCAUCCGUCUGUUUUGGCUCUUUUUAAGAGCAAACGCAUCGCAGUGGAGGUGCAAGACACGCCAAACGCAUGUGCAACCUUCAACUUCCUGAUAAGUGAGAAAAGGAUAGCGGCCGCGGGUCUGAUCCCUCCCUCCGCCAGCGAUGCGCUUGCGCUGAGGCGAGAGUAGGAGAACACGCAGGCCUCAGGACUCGUCUUGAGUACAAUACUGAUAUACUUUCGUCAUCAAGAUGCUCUUCUCUGAUCUUCCCAUCAGCCGUCAUCCGAACCGAGGCUUAAAAGCUGAAAUGUUGCUGCUUCAAAAACUCACUUGAAAUCGGUUGGGACAGUGCUUGAUGGCAUAAUGUGUAACGUUUUGCUUGUAGAUAAACCAGGUUAUGUGUCUAAAUUACAUAUUUAAACAUGUUGUAAAAGAAUGAUUUAUGCUAAGUUGUUUACGUGGUUAUAGUGGCUUAGAGGCGCCAGACAAGCAUAAGUUUUGGCUCUAUUUGUGCUGCUAAGUUCAUUCCACAUCGAACGCUGGAAUUGUAUGGAAACAUGGUUAUUCCCUGUAUAGACAUACAGCGUGUACUUUACGGCGACUGUCGCAGUCCCAGUGUAUGCCGAUUUACUCAGUCUACCAGGCAGUCACGCCCUCCAAUUUGAGGUUCUCCUUUCCUUGGAUUGACCUUUUGUCACCAAACCCGUAUGCCCCUGACCUUCCUGCCUCGUCGUUUUCCCGAGAAACCCCUCGGUCUUCAUCCCCUGACCACGAGUUCCUCUUUAACACGAUUGGCUGACCCCUUCGGUUCGUUUAGUGUCAUUGACAACAAAGUGUGAGUUUGGUCGUCCUGUUCUCGGGUUGAUUACGUAGCAUUGCACGACUUGCCCCACAAACGCCCAUCUUCAAUAACUCCCAUCUGGACUUUGAAGUCAACUGCGCUGUUACUCAACAGUUUGUUGUUAGACUUUUGGAAGUUGUUAUUAAAAAAGCCAGUUCCAACUGUU